UGCUUCAUGAACUCCAUCCUGCAGUGCCUGAGCAACACCAAGGAGCUGCGGGAUUACUGCCUGCAGAACCAGUACCUGCGGGACCUCAACAACAACAGCCGCAUGCGCACUGCGCUCAUGUCAGAGUUUGCGAAGCUGAUUCAGUUGCUCUGGACCUCGUCCCCCAACGACAGUGUGAGCCCCUCCGAGUUCAAGACGCAGAUCCAGAGAUAUGCUCCCCGCUUUGUCGGCUACAACCAGCAGGAUGCACAGGAAUUCCUGCGGUUCCUCCUCGACGGGCUGCACAGCGAGGUGAACCGUGUGCUGGUGCGGCCACGGGCCAGCACAGACACCCUGGACCACCUCCCUGAUGACGAGAAGAGCCGCCAGAUGUGGAGGAGGUACCAGGAGAGGGAGGACAGUCGCAUUGGUGACCUCUUCGUUGGGCAGCUGAAGAGUUCGCUGACCUGCAGCGAGUGUGGCUACUGCUCCACAGCCUUCGACCCCUUCUGGGACCUGUCCCUGCCCAUCCCCAAGAAAGGCUACGGGGAGGUGACCCUCAUGGACUGUCUACGGCUCUUCACCAAAGAGGACGUGCUGGAUGGGGACGAGAAACCGACGUGCUGUCGCUGCAAAGCCAGGACGAGGUGCACAAAGAAAUUCAGCAUCCAGAAGUUCCCCAAGAUCCUG